ACAUUUGCAGCUGAAACACAGUGCAGAGGGCAAGUCAAAGUGUUAACUGUUAUUAACUCCCGCUAAAAACAAAAUGGGCUGACAUAUUCUACCCUGAAACACCAUGCCUUUGUCUGCACUUACAAAAAUUACAAAUUGAAUGUGAUUUUCUGCGACAGAACAGCAUUUAGAGAAUAUAUAAUUUUUUGUUGACUGUUGAUGUACAGUAGGAAAGUUCAAGGAUAAGGUCAACUCUCCAUUUGUUUGACAGAUUUUCCCCUUACAAAACCUUUUUUUUUUACAGUAAUGAGUGUGCUCAGGUGAAAUUUUUAUUUGCAAAGUCCUUCACGGUUUUAAUUAAUGACAUACAGUACUUUAUGCUGCUUUUAACAAGAUUGGAUCAUUAUUUGGACAGAUGAUUUAACUGCCUUCUUAUAUUUUUCAUUUUUCAUCAGUAUAGUUUCCCAGUCCAGGACAUGGUUUCCUGAGUGGCCCGACCACCUACACAUCACAAGGGGUGAAACCAGUCUAUCCUGGGCCAUGACAGCUCUGCUUCCCAACGUCAGUGUCGCUCUGCUGCCGACUACAGACUGUCCGUUUAACAUCACUGCAGCUGCUCAGGCAGGACUUGGUUCAGGCCAGUCACUGGCCCCUCUCUGCACCCUCUGCUGCUGUGGAUUUAUCAAUCGUACUUUGGCAGUGGUGUUCAUGGUCAGCCUGGCGUUUGCCAUCGUGGUUGGAAAUGUGAUCACCCUUACUGUCUUUGUGCAAACGAGGCAGUCCCGAACACCACAGGGAUACCUGAAAGUGUCUCUGGCCAUAGCAGACAUGAUGGUCGGUGUCCUUGUGGUCCCUUUCUCCGUCUACACUGAGAUCUCUCUGAUGGUGACCAGCGCACCUCCUAUUUGGUACCAGGGUAGUUCUACAUCCCCGGCCACCACCUCUUCUCCUGGGGGACUGGUGAGCCCUUGGCAGCCCUGCAUGCUGAUUGGUCCCGUGUUCGCUGGAUGCACUUUUGUCUCCAUCAGCACCAUCUUCCUCAUGACAAUGGAGCGAAGCGUGGCCAUCCUACGGCCGCUCCACAAGGACUCCUUGGUGACCCGGAGACGGACGCUGCUCCUCAUCCUGCUCUCCUGGGCUGCCAGCUUCCUGCUGGCUCUUGCGCCCCUCAUCUUCAGCAGCAACUUCACAUUGGAGUACAAUGAGUGCAGUCGUAUGUGUAACUACAGCCCACUAUUGUUCGGAGGCCAGCUGCCACCCGAUGCCAACAUUUUGCUGUUAUUCCCAGCGUUUGACUUCACACUGCUCGGUGGCACAUUAGCAGUUAACAUUGUGUCUUUCACCAGCAUCCGACGGUACUCUCGAAAACGCAAACUGCUCUCAGAGGGGAGUCUGAGUGACGGAGGGGGAGGGGGAGGAGUGGGAGGUGGAGGAGGCGGAGGGUGCUCUCACAGGCCAUCCUUUUCAGACAUCAAAGCUGCCAAGACAAUUGGUAUACUAACAUUCGCCUUCACAGCAUCCUUCUCUCCCAUCGCAGUGUUUGUGCUCGGGAACGUGGUGGGAUACACCUGGUGUAACUUUUCCUUUUUUGCCUUCUGGAUCCUGACAGGAAACAGCUGCUGUAAUGUCAUCAUCUACAGUGUCAGGGACCACCGCUUCAGGAAGGGCAUGACCCUGCUCUUUCAGCGAGACCACUCCCACCAACAUGGCGAGAAGUCCUGAGGGAUACGUGAAUUUAAAAGCAACAGCACAUGUUUUGUGGCUACUUUUCAUUAAGUUUGAUCUUAAAGGAAUAGUUUGACAUUUUGGUAAAUAUGAAUAUUCACUUUCUUGUCGAGAAGAUAGAUGCCAUGUCUGAACGGUAAAUAUGUUGCUGAAGCCAUGAGCUGUUUAGCUUAGCUUAUCAUCAAAACUGGAAACAGGGGGGACAGCUAGCCUGGCUCUGGCCAAAGGUAACAAAACCAGCACAUCCAAAGCUCACUGUUUAACACUUUAUACAUCCUUUAUUUGUAAAAAAAUAAAUGUUUUUAUAAAAAAAUUAAAAAAACACAUGGAUUGUGGUUUUACGGGAGGUUAUGUUGCGGACUUUUAUUGGCUGUAAAACCACAACUUAUCAUUUUUAGUGUUCACACUUGGGUUUUUGUCAAUGGGCAACCUCCGGUUCUGAAAAAUGAAGCAAAUGCGGAAGUGCCUUAAACCUGCAUUCUUUCUAACAGCCAGCAGGGGGCGACUCUUCUGGUUGCAAAAAGAAGUCUGAUUGUAUAGAACUACUUCUCACUUGAUUUAUUACCUCAGUAAACAUUGUAAACAUGAGUUUAUGGUUUCAAUCGCUACAUUCAAGUCUUCUUCUAUACGGCAUGAUGUUCAGUUAGUAAAUUAUGGUCCCAUUUAGAGUGAAAUAGACGAUAGAUAAGGAUAUGCUUUAGGGCGUGGCUACCUUGUGAUUGACAGGUCACUUCCACAGCAUUGUCCGAUCUGGGAGUUUUCCGUGUUUUCGUCUAACAACUCUAACCCUUUCACAGUGUGUUUUAAUUGUAAAAUUUUGGUCACCUCAUCUUAUUCAGCGUUCGGUUGUACUUAGCUCCACCCUCUCGUGUCACUUCUGGUUCCAAAAAAACAAGAUGGUGACGGCCAAAAUGCCGAACUCGAAGCUUCAAAAUGACAGUCGACAAACCAAUUGAUGACAUCACGGUGACGACGUCCACUUUUUAUAUACAGUCUAUGGGCUUUGUACAGAUUAAACAAACGAGAUGUAGCCUACAUGUGCUAGUGAGUUUUAGAGGUGCUGGUAAGCACAUUUUGUUAGCUUCAAACACAGCCCUGUUUCCAGUCUUUAUGCUAAGCUAAGCUAAGCUGACCGUUUCCUGGCUCGAGCUUCAUGUUUAUGGUACAUCCGUGAGAGUGGUAUCAAUCUUGUCCCAAAGUGUCAAACUAUUCCUUUAAUUCAAAUGUAAACUCCAUAUGAGACUAGCAAAAAUAGGUAAUUCAAACAUAAAAGGAAUGCAAUUCUUUGCGACUAAGAAUUGUAAAUGGAUCCACAUUUGUCGCCUUCCUCUAUCAUCAAACCUCUCUCCUGAAGCUUUACAUCAGAGGGCUUUUAUGAGCUUUUCAAUCAGGAAUCAAACCUACUGUACUAUAUCUCCGGGAGCAGCACUGACAACCACAAUAACCACACAGUUAAUGUUUUGUUUUUUAUGUCAGUGGUGGUUUUGUCAUCUACUAAUUUACAAGUGGUCUUGUGUUUAGAAAUCUUGCCACUGCAUCCUCCUUGGAAUAAUAUGGAUUACAAAUGUUUUGGUUAAGGGAAGAGUUCAUACUAUAGAUUUGAUUCUGUUGUGUUACAUACAUUUACUUUUGAGAAUCUAAUGUGAUAAUAAUCUGCCUCAAGUAUCCGAAAUGCACUUUAUCAGUUAUUAUGGUGAGACAUUUGCAUUAAGCCAUGUGGCAGACAAUGUUAACUUUGUACAAGUUUUAUUUUUAGCGUUUUAUAAUAUUGGUUAUUUUUGUCUAAGCAAAUGUGAAUGAUAGAAUGAUCUGUAUAUUUAUUAAAUCAGUAUAGACUAAAUGAAUGGGAUGCCAACCACAGAGAUUUAGAUUAUAGCAGAUCCUCAUACUGUGCCAGCCUAUCUCUUCAGGGUAUAACAUACUUGUAACAUGUAAAAUUAUUUCACCAGUGUGUCAGCUAGAAGUCUUGUGUAUUGUUUUGAAUUCUGUAUUGUACAAUUUGACAAUAUAAUUAUAUAUAAAAGAGGCCGAAGAGCAUUUUGCAGCAUAAAAUGGCUGUAUUUUCAUUCAUGAUACAUUUUUUUUGCAUUGUUGCAUUUGGAAAAUAAUCCAGCAACAGAAUCAACGAAAACAGAAAACUAAAGAACACAAUAAGGAGGAUUUUUUUUCUUGCCAUUAAUUGCUCUAAAUUGUUUCCAGAUUUAUUUUUGCAAAUCUACAAACAUUAUUCCAAUAAUUCAAUAAACAUGAUAGUAAAAGACCCUGAAGUGCCCAUUAAAAGAAUAGUUUCACUUUUUUGAAAAAUAUGCUCAUUGGCCCUCUUGCCGUGAGUUAGAUGAGAAGAUUGAUGCCACUCUCAUAUCGGUCUGUUAAAUAUGACGCUAAAAACAGGCAGCAAUUAGCUUUAGAAAUUUAAUGGUCAACAAAAAGAAAACAAAUCUAAAUAUGUCAACAUGUCGUGCAAAUUUCAAUCAAUGAAUUAAAUUUGUUUUUUUAGGUUUUUAAUAUCAUUCUGUUAAUCCAAGUGGUAUUCCCAGGCCUCUCCAAUGGGGAACUGAAGCCAUUAUAUCACCCUCUUCAAAGCCACAAGACUACAUUCACAAAAACAGUAAUUUUACCUUGCAGAACGCGGGCGUAUACAUACAACCCCACUUCAAAAAAUCCAAACUAACCCUUUCAGUUAUUUCCAAACUUAGCUCAGUUAACUUUGACUCAGUACUAGAGUUCACAUUAUUCAUAACUUUACUGAAUAUUGAUGAAUGGCUGAGUGGAUGUUUCCAUUUGAAAAAAAAACCCAGAAAAGAAUGCAGAUGGAUCCGCCCUUUAAUAUCUUACAUGUACAAACUAACAAAAAAUGGUCUUUAUUUUUCUAGUUUAAAAAUCUGCCAUAGUGAUGGAAAAGUUUGAAACCUACAGCGUCCUAAUCAUCGUUGGUUAUGUGUAAGAAAACAAGUGAUUAUUAUUGUGCUGAUAUUGAAUCACUGUACAGAAUUGUAUCAGUAGUGCAUAAUUCAUCAGUGGUGAUUGCAUCAGAUUCGGAAAUAAUAAAUGUA